AUGGCCAGCGCCAGCAGCUCGCGCGAAUCAUCUAAUAGUGUGCACCAAUCUCAAAAGUCAUCCAGCACCUCGCAGGCGUCAUCUAUUGCUGAAGCUCGACAUAUCCGUUCAAAUUCUCCUAGCCAGCUCGGCGCCUGCAGCAUCGAAAUUCCCACUGGAAAUGGUCUCAUUACGCCGCCUUCUGAGCCCUAUGUUAAAACACCGAGAGCCUCGUCGCCAUAUAAUUGGGCGGAAAAGCCUUCCAUGACAAAACGUAUUACGCGCAUGUUCACUAAAGAUCCGGUUAGAACAGACAUGAGUCUUCAUACGCCUACAAUUGCCGCUUGCCAGGCAUCGGGACGGUCUGACUUAGCAUCACCGUUCAACCUCUCGUCAAAAUCACCCUCGCGCAAGACAUCUGUACUCGAGACCCCGAGCCGAAGUGAACAUCAAGAAAAAUCUUCGCCGUCAAUGCUACGGGAAAAAAGGGCACCGUCUUCAAUGCACCAAAGGUUCGUGACUAACUCGGAUGUCACUGGUGGCCAUCAACAUCAUCUCAAAAGCGCCAAGAGGCAGGAGAAAUUAAUGGAUAUUCUGCGUAGCGUUAUAAGUUGCAAGACAAGAAUUGAGCCGACGCAAGAAGGUGAGCAGCAACUAUCAUUAAUGUCGAAUUGGGUAGAUCAACUUAAAAGCGAGCGAGAGGCGAUGACAUCAGAAAAAAAGGGUGGGAUAAAUACCGCAACUACGCUAGUCGAGAAGUAUGGAAAGUGUCAAGAAAUCGUCGGACGUGGGGCUUUUGGAAUCGUUAGAAUAUCCCACAAGCGCACCGAAGGGUUAGGUGAACAACUCUAUGCGGUCAAAGAAUUUCGUCGGAGACCUGAUGAGACGGAGAAGAAGUACAGUAAGAGGUUAACAUCUGAGUUUUGUAUAUCAUCGUCUUUGCGUCACCCCAACGUAAUUCAUACGCUCGAUUUACUCCAGGAUUCAAAGGGGGACUAUUGUGAGGUGAUGGAAUUUUGUGCCGGCGGUGACUUAUAUACGCUCGUGCUUUCAGCUGGGCGACUUGAAAUGGCUGAAGCAGACUGCUACUUCAAGCAAAUGAUGCGCGGCGUCGAAUAUAUGCACGAGAUGGGGGUAGCACAUCGAGAUCUGAAGCCUGAGAAUCUUCUUCUAACGACACAUGGAUCUCUAAAAAUAACUGACUUUGGUAACGGUGAAUGCUUUCGCAUGGCUUGGGAAUCAGAUGCUCAUAUGGUGACCGGACUUUGUGGAUCCGCACCAUAUAUAGCGCCAGAAGAGUAUACUGACAAAGAGUUCGAUGCGCGUGCUGUCGAUGUAUGGGCAACAGGCGUUAUUUAUAUGGCAAUGCGAACUGGCAGACAUCUCUGGCGAGUGGCAAAGAAAGAUGAAGACGAGUUUUAUGAGCGAUACCUCCAGGGUCGUCGUGAUGAAGAAGGUUAUGCGCCCAUUGAAUCAUUGCACAAGGCUCGGUGCCGCAAUGUCAUUUACUCUAUUCUCGAUCCUAACCCUGCACGCCGAAUCACUGCAAGUCAAGUAUUAAAGUCCGAAUGGGGUCGCGAAAUCCAGCUCUGCAAGGCCGGGGAAGAAGGAUUAUAG